GUGGAGCAUGUUUAUCAUUGAGUGUAUAAAUAUGAGCAAAUGACAACAACUUUCAGAGUGAACAUUCAUCAUCCACUAAAAGUAUCUCAGUCGAAACUGCUGGUCAUGUACCUACACCGGUUAAGUGUUUCUCUUGCAUUGGUCUGGUGGGUGUCUGCUGUUGAAGAUGUACUCCUAUGCAAAUCUGAAGAUUUUGCAAGACCUUAUUCUGUACUUUUUGAAAAGUUUGGUUUAUUUGAGAAUAACAGUAUGUUAAAGUACUUAAGAGCUUUAAAUAACUAUAUCAAUGCCACCAAGGUUUAUGUGAACCUGCUUGUGACCUCCAUCACAGAUGUGAAUGAAAAAGCUCAGAGCAUUUCAACACAAGUAACACUUUUAACUUCUUGGGACACAGACAUUUGGUGGAGCUUCUCAGAUUUUUGUGGCAUUAAAUCCUUUGCAGUUCCAAAAGAUUUGUUUUGGAUUCCAGACAUUGUUUUUGCAGAAAGCAUCAAGACGGAAUUUGGAGCAAACGAGUCUCCGUAUUUGCAGUUACAUUCUAAUGGUGUUCUUGUCAAGUUGGAUAUGUUAUCCGUGACGACAGUCUGUAAGAUGGACCUGUACAUGUUUCCAUUCGACACACAAAUCUGCAGUCUAACCGUUCAAUCUUUAGUCUAUGAAGAUCAUCAGCUAAUAAUUUCUCAGAUCUCUUCUUCAGAAUACCUUACCUUGAAAUCUCAGGAGACCUUUGAGACUGAGGGAGAGUGGGAAUUGCUCUAUAUAAAUAACACUGAAACUGAUUUAAAUUCUUGGUGGCUAAGCAGAAGUCACAUGACAUUUCAGAUCUUUAUCAGAAGAAGACCUCUGUUGUAUAUCAUUAACUUAAUUUUUCCAGUAUUUUGUUUCCUUGUGCUGGAUUUGGCCUCCUACUUCAUGAAUGCAUCUGAAGCAGAGAAGCUAGGCUUCAAAGUGACUUUACUGCUGUCCAUUUCUGUGUUACUGCUGAUUCUAAAUGACAAGCUGCCAUCUACUGCCAGUAAAAUCCCACUGAUUGGGAUUUACUGCGGUGGGAUUUUCACCCUUAUUGGCCUAAGUAUUUUAGAGACCAUAUUUGUGAAUUAUCUGAUUACUAAAGGAGAAAAGAUCAAACCAGAAACUGCUGCAACUACUCAUGAUGGGAUUUACUGUGGUGGGAUUUUCACACUUAUUGGUCUAAGUAUUCUGAAGACCAACUUUGUGAAUUAUCUGAUUGCAAAAGGAGAAAAGAUCAAAUCAGAAGCUGCGGCAACUACACAUGAUGAUGGUGUAAGAGUUUUGCGUAACUCUCCCGACAGAGUUACUAGUGGAACUGAAGAGCCAACAUCUACGGAGGACACACAAAAGAAAGUAUCACUAUGGACAAGAGCAGGAAGAAUUAUAGAUGUCACCUUCCUUGUUCUUUACAUAAUCACUGUUAUUGUGUUUCUGUCCGUCCUUGGCAAGGCUUGGUUUGUGUUUAAAUAACCUCUU